UGCCACCACCCUGACGCGUGUUUCCCGUACGAAAAAAAAGAGAGGAAAAAAAGGAAAAAUAUAAAAAAAAAGCGCACAAGUACGUAACGAACGACAAGUUUUUUUAAACGGGCGGUAAAGAAAAGUGAGAAAAUAGUACGAGAUUCACGUGUGUUGAGUAAUCGUUUGGUAUUUCGUGACGUAAAUGUUGAGAUAAAAAAAGUGUGCAACGUCCGGGGAGUCGUAAACAAAAGGAGAAAAAUAAAGCGGCUCGUAUAUCUAUACAUCGAGGGCAAAAAUCACGACGAAAUUAAAUCGAAUGAAUGCUUUUUUUUUAUACGAAAAUAAGAAUUUUGAAAUCAACUUACGGUUUAACGAGUGUUCGAUCCCAAGAAAGUACGGGAGUCGGUUUAAGCGAAUGCUUUUUUUCGUAAUUCACGCUUUUUUGGCAAAUGCCUGCACGAAGGCCCAGAUAAAAAGAGAGAAAAAAAGGGGGUCAGCCAUGAAAGAGUUCGAGUGACCGACUUAGCGACGAGAUUAUCAGGGGUAAAAAACGUCGAUUAUUUUUCUUAAUUGAUGAAAAAAUAUGCAUAUAUUUUUAUCGAUAGGAGAGCUUUUUUCUAUCGGGGUGACUGAAAAUUACACUUCGCAGCACAAUUUCUUACGCUGAUUAUAAAUUCGAUGAAAAUAUCGCGGUCGCGAUAAUUUUUAAGAAUUACCAUGUUUUUUAAUCUCGCUUUUCAAACGACUCCCCUUUUUCCGGGCUUUUGUUUAUGUCCAGACUAUUUUGCUACCCCUUUUCGACGGGGCUUUCGCGAGUGUGUACCGGCGAAAUAAAUCGAUGUGUUUACCUGGUGAAUCAAAUAGUGCUUUCGCGAGUUUUUACCUGGCUCAACUUCCACGUCCGUUCACCCCCAGUGAAUUAUUCGAUAAAACGAUUUUUUAAAACCAUCUUUUUUAUCCCUCUAAUCACAUUCGCCCGAUGAUACUUCCACGCACAGUGCUUUUUCCUUAAUUCCUCAAUUAUUCAAAUAAAAUUGAAUCAAUGUCAGGUUUUCGAUUCGAAUAAUAAUCCAUUCAUUAAAUCAAGUGAAUUCCAUUGCUUUUUGGAUGUAACGCAAUUAAGGGCUUCGCGAGGUCGCCUCAUCACACCUGGACACGUUUUUAUGGUAGCCGAAGAAAUGCGUGCAAGAAGGAGGUUGGAGUCGGUCCCAAAAAAAUUGGAUUAUUCGCAGGCCCCGUGACCGAAGAUCUCGUCACAGAGUUGGCCUCGUAGUGUCAGUGUGAGUGAGUGGAAAAAAGGGAUCGUUCCCCUGGGGUUGGGGCUUGGCUCGAAAAGUUGAAAAAGCCCGAAGAAAAUAAUGGCGAACUGUGGGGGCGUGGAGGGAAAAAGUUUGGAGGCGAGCAGUUGCUGACCCCGGUGGAAAAUGGAAUAAUAAAUAAAAAGCUUAAUCAACGAAAGUAAUAAAUAAAAGGUGGGGAAAAAUUGAAGUGACGAAAAUUUUGGAGUGGGCUAAAGGCCGAGGGGAAAAACAGUGGCGACAUGCAACAGCAGGGCCAGCAGAGCACGUCGAGUGCUCCGAACGGUAUAGCAGGUGGUGGCCAGACGACCAGUCCCGGACAACCGGGAGCUGCCACCGGAACUACCAACGCCACCGGCCCAAAUCGGCCUCAGGUUAACGGCGGCAGAUUCGACUUUGACGACGGUGGCACUUACUGCGGCGGCUGGGAGGACGGUAAAGCUCAUGGACACGGUGUGUGCACCGGGCCAAAGGGUCAGGGCGCAUAUUCCGGUAGCUGGCACUACGGAUUCGAGGUCUCCGGUGUUUACACGUGGCCCAGUGGCUCGGCUUACGAGGGACAAUGGCAAAAUGGAAAACGCCACGGUUUGGGUAUGGAGACGAGAGGGCGGUGGUUGUACCGGGGCGAAUGGACUCAGGGUUUUAAGGGUCGUUAUGGGGUGAGACAAUCGACGACCUCGACAGCGAGGUACGAAGGCACAUGGGCAAGCGGCCUGCAAGACGGUUACGGGUCCGAGACUUACGCCGACAGUGGCACUUACCAGGGGCAAUGGCUCCGAGGAAUGCGCCACGGCUACGGGGUGAGGGCCAGCGCACCCUUCGGUUUAGCAAGCCACUACAAACCGCCGAAACAAGCGGCAAUUCGUGCCUCAUUAACUUCCUUAAGGAGCGCCGACGGCGCACCGGCAGCCGCCCCGACACCGGAGCCAACCGAUCGACGAGAUCGUCGCGUCGACGACAGCCGGGGUGGGUUCGUACUCAAAGCCCGGAGCGAUGAUCCGCCUGCGAGGCGAAAAAGCCUCACUGAAAAAUCCCUCAAAAAAGGCAUUCUGUCGGGUCUCAAGAUACGAAAGCAAAGGAGCACCGGAGAUCUCGAGAAGCGUGGUACGGGCGGCAGUAUUAGGAGCAAUGCAAGCUCCGCUUCCUGGAUGUCGACCGAAAGCUCGCAGAGUCAAGCCUCGGCCUCGGUUCAUACGGACAGUAACGCCUCGUUCGUAAUUGAGGAUGAACAAAUGGACGCCUCGGUGACAGAGACGUACUUGGGUGAAUGGAAGAACGACAAGCGAACGGGCUUCGGAAUAUCGGAGCGUUCGGACGGUCUGCGUUACGAGGGUGAAUGGUUCAACAACCGUAAAUACGGUUACGGAGUAACGACGUUUCGGGACGGCAGCAAAGAGGAAGGAAAGUACAAGAACAACGUGUUGAUAACGAGCCAGAAGAAGAAGCACUUGUUUCUGAUAAGAUCGGCAAAGUUUCGGGAGAGGAUUGACGCUGCGGUGAGCGCAGCGCAGCGAGCGAGUAAAAUAGCGCUCCAGAAAGCGGACAUAGCGAUAUCGAGGACGGCGACGGCGCGAGGCAAGGCGGAGUUGGCGGAUAUGUCGGCGGAGCAUGCACGAGCGGAUUCGGAGCUCGCGCAGCAGACGGCGCGUCAGUUCGCCCCGGAUUUCCGGCAGCCGGGUUUGGAGAGGCUGCGCAACCGGGAAAUCCCAAAAUACGUUCCACCGCCGCAAGACACUUCGCCUGGCAAGAGUAUUUUACAAAAGGGUGGCAUUGCCGAGCAGCCGGCAGCUUCCAGCCCCUUGAAAUCCGGCAACAAUGCUGAGCCCAUGGGCCCGUCGCAAACGAUCGCACAAUCGAUCAAUCAGUCCUUGAGACGGGCCAGCAUGAAACCCGCACAAAAUCAAACGCCGACGAGCAACCAGAACUCCAACGCCGCUCAGCAGAGCCAGAUGGCCAAUCAGACCAUCAACCAGAAUCCCCUUUCCAGCCAACUCUCACCGGCCGAAAUGAACCAGAAUCCUUACGGACAAAAUCCCUAUCAGAAUCAACAACAGUCGCAACCCAAUCAGUUUGGCAACAGCUUGCCUGGACAAUACGCCCAGAUGGGAUGGCUCCCGGGCGCGGCACCGGGCCCGUACGCUCCUGCCGGAGGCCCCAACCAGUUCGUAGUUCAAGGCGGCCAGUACGCCCAAUUUCAAACGCCCAACAACCAGCAACCCGCGCAACAACAACCGCAGGACCAUUAUCCUGGUUACCAGCAAAAUUCGAGCCCUCAGGGAUUCCAGAAUCAGUACCCAGCGGCGUACUCCAGUCAGCAGAUGUUGUUUCCAAUGACACCGACAAUGUACGGUCCAAUGACCAUGGCCCAAAUGAAUCAAUUCGGAACCCAGCUUUACGGUGCCCCAGUCGUACCGAAUCAGUAUGGGAGCGGACCGAAUCAAUACAAUCAACAAUCCGUCUACGGCCAAACCCCCAUUCAACCACAACAGCAGCAACAAUCGAUCUAUCAAAAUGACUCGAACACGACGACGAACAUCGAUGGCCAAAGGCCACCGAGCUCAACGAGUAUACGAAGAAACUCACGGAUCCUCAACCCUCAGGAUCGUCCCUCUGCCGGUGGAGCUGCCAAUCAGUCUCUGAACGACAGGCUGGACCACUACAAAAGGCCACCGAGUCGAGACAGCUCGGUGGAUCGUUACGCUCGCGCUCACUCACGGUUAAUUGGCUCGAGACAACCGUCCGUUGAUAAAAGCAUACCGACCAAUCAAGACCCCAACGAAAGAUCGAUAAGGGGCCCGAGUCUGGUGAGGUCAGGAACACCGCUGAACGGUUCGGUCGUUGGCAGUGGAGCUGCAACCCCAACGUACAUGCCUCCAACAUCGAGCCAAUUCGAAGGGGCGCUCCUGAAGAACCGCAACCUCGGACAAGACAUUUUGCCGAGUCCUGGCCAGCCGAAGAGAACGGAGAGUCUUUAUGUGCCACCGGGACGAGGCUCGGUCGCGGCCUCGGGUGGCGCAGGCAUUGGGAUCCCCAAGGACACGAGCCGGACGGUCCCCGCCUGCUUCGAAGCGACAUCGAAGGCCCCCGCUACCCUAUGAGAGUAUAAGUACAUUUUCAAAAACUUCAUUAAACCGUCAAAAAGAGAAAACGAGGAAAAAUGAGCGCCAGGCUUUGAGCAUCGUCGCGAAACAGUGAGCGAGCACAGUUGGCGACGAUUUCAUUAUUUUUUUAUCGUUUCAUUGUUGACAGAAAAAAAUGACCAAGAGAAACGAGCGUUUUUGAAACUUUUUGCUCUUUAAGAAUAUUUUUCUUAAACCGUUUUUGGUCUUUUUCAAAUGGAAAAAAAAAAAAAACAAAAACAAAAAAAAACCCCACUUCGAGGCGGCUUUUCAACGAAAUUCAUUUAGCUUCGAUUACCGCUGAAUUACGGGAAAGCAAUUUUCCCCGAAAAAAGAUUUUGCCAAACGAGCUUGGACCCCGAUUAUUCGUUUGAGUGAUAAAUAAAAAAUUCAACCGAUUUCCGUGCAUUUUGGAAAGCCAGGAAAUCCAUUGCGUCCUGAAAAUCAAUCGGAAUUCAGGGAUUUCGAGUGUAAACGAAAAAUAGCGAAGAAUUACGGAAUUAUUCGUACUUUCAGUUCCUACGAAGCAAGAAAUACGAAAUUACGAAAAAAAAAUAUAUAUCUGAAGAAAAUAGAAAAAAAUGUGUACCUGGUAGACGUGUGUCGUUGUUUUUAGCUGUCGCAGACGACACGCGUGCUUGUCGAGUGAUAAUUGCUCGCUAUUCUUCACCAAUUUUGGUGGGGAGAACGAACAAAAAUUUUAUCGAUUUUCUGUUCAAUGGCAACUCGGGAAGGCUUUUUUCUCGGACACGCUAACAGUGCCUGUCCUAAAAAAAAAUAAAAAAUAAUGGAAAAUAUUUUUUCUAGCGAGAACGAGACCGUCCUAAAAAUAAUGAUUUAUGGAGACGAUAUUGAGAUAUUGAAUUGUCGUAUUCGUGGAUAAAAACGAAUGAGCUAAUCUCGUCCGGGACCAAAAAAGCCUCCUCGACCUUCCACUCCAAUGCGACGAAUCUCCACAUUUUUCUUUCGAAUACGAAAAUAACAGGAAAUGUUGAUUAAUCCGUUUGUUCUUUCGUUUCGCGAUCGGUGAACAGUGAGGAUUGUUUAAUCGCUGGAGACGCACGCGUUCGAUAUUUGCAUAUAAUGUUCGAUGUUACUGUUAAACGAAAAAAGUAGCUUAAAUAACAUUGAACCAUUCGUUCGCUCGUUCGACAUCACGAGAGAAAUACGAAUCUGGAAAUUUACGAUCCAAUCGAAAAUUCCCUCGUUCAAUUCCAGCCAAACAAGUUUUUAUCCAGAAUUUCGGUAGCAUUGAAUCUGGAAACUGGACUCGGAGGGUUUGGACUCCACCGCAAAUGCUUGAUCAUCAAUUUAAUUGUUUAUUCUUUUUAAAUUAGCAAUUAGCUUUCUUCGCUAAGCUUUGUCGGUUUUGAUUGUAAAAUUCUCUCAUUUUUCCAUUUAUAAGAGGAUCGAAGCUUCAAAAUUUGUCUUUUUACGAAAGUUAGGCAGAGAACAGUCAAAAUUUGUUCACUUUUAAUGCAAAAAAUAACUGAAAAUUGUAAAUUUAUUUCAAAGAGAAGCAAACGAUCCGAAUUGUCCUAGAAUUCUUUUCAAUUUCUUGGGGGACCCAAAAAUGUGAAGGGAAUGAAAACCCUUCGACUGGAAUGAAAACAAAAAAGGCGAAUUUUUCGUAUCUCAAUGACGGAUGGGGAAAGAAUUGAAGACGAAAAAAUCACAGACCACCCUCUCAGAACAAUAAUUCCUAAAGAGAAAAAAAAAAUUGAUGAAAAAAUAAAAUAUACACAUAUAUUAUUGCUAUCAUUAUACAUGUAUGAAGAAUAAUAGUAGAGCAUCUAUUUACUGUUGAAUAAAAAAAAAAAAAAACAACAAGAACAAGAAAAAAAAUGAAGAUUAAGGAGCGUUGAAGCCAGCACAGUUCCUCACUCGCGCAUUAAGCAACAAAAACGUGCCCUCCAGUCAUUAAUUUAUUUGCGUACCGACGACUGCGAUUUAUCUAUACGAAUUAAGGGGGGUCGUGCUUUUUUAAAAAGUCUAAAAAAUCAUUUGUUGUUUUCGGGAAUGUUUUUCGAUAGACGGAAGUAACUUAACAUAGCGAACUUUUCGGUAUAAUUUCAAGGAUAUUACAAGAGUAUAGAAAUAUUUUUUUCAUGUAAGAAAUAGUAAUUUUUCAUGGUUCAUGCGCCAAGUCUAAUUGUCGAAGUUUCUCAGCUGCUUACAAUGUAAAAACUCGAAAUAAUUGGGAAAUUCUAUAUUUUUAGGAAGUUAAAAAAAAACGCUUGUAAAAACGAAAAAUAUCACUUCAAUGUGCUGUAAAUAUAGAAUGUCACAAUUUUUUCGAGUUUUUAUGGAUUCGUAUGGAAGGUAAAUGGCCAAAAAUGGAAAAAAAAUUGGAAUUUUUGUUACAGACGAUAAUUACGACAAUCAGACUUGGCGCAUAAACCAUGGGCAAAUUAUUAUUUCUUACAUUGAAAAAAUAUUUUUCCACUUUUGGAAUAUCCUUGAAACUGUAAGAAAAAUUCCCGAAAACGAUAGAUUUUUUCACUCUCUGCGGCAGGACCUCCCCUUAAAAGGAAUAUGGAGUUUUUCAAAUGGCCAGAAAGUACCUUUUGAAGAGAGAGGAAAUAAAUUCGUGGGAGCGUGAAAUCGAGCGUACCUUGUUUAAAAAUAUGAUAUAAUAUACACGAAAAUAUUUAUAUAUACAUAAAGUUCAAUUCGUCGGAUGAUAAAGAAAUCCAAAAGUUGCGAAAAACUGGACGAAAAGUUCACAAAUCCCGAUGAAUUCGAAGUAAAAGUCUUCAAAUUUGAAUAACAAUCCCAAAAAUGGGAAAAAUUCGAAUAAAAGUCGAAAAAUUGCAAAAAAUUCGUUUCGAAAACUGACAAAUUGCAAAAAAAUCGAAAAUUGUGAGAAAUUUCAACGUGCGUCCAAAUAUUGCUAAAUAUACGAAUAAAAAGUUCAAAAACUGCGAAUAAUUAGAAUGAAAAGUUCACAAUUACCGAAAAUACGAAUGAAAAAUUCCAAAUAAAUCGAAUAAAAGUCCAACAAUUGUGAGAAGCUUGAAUGUGCGUCCAAAUAUUGCUAAAUAUACAAAUAAAAAGUUCAAAAACUGCGAAUAAUUAGAACGAAGAGUUCAAAAAUUUCGAAACCUUAAAAUUAAAACUUAAAAAACUGUAAAACAUUGAUUUUCGUCAGGUGCUAAAAAAAAAGGAAAUUGUCAUUUCGAAUUUUGCCAAAAAUCCCCCCCCCCCCCCCCCCCCCCCCGGGGGUGUUCCGGUAGCGCGAGCUUUAGAGAAACAUAAAAUACUAAAUAAUAAUAACGUGAUUGAAUUGACGUCCGAUCGACCCCGAUCGAUCAAAUUUAACGAAUAUUUAAGCAAACCAAUGAAAAAUAUGUAUAAAUAUAAAUAUAUUGCGGGAAGAACGAAGGGGAAGGUAAGGUUUUUGUGAUCGCGGUUGUGGAGGCGGGGACCGUUUAAAAAAAAAGAAAAAAGAAAAAAAAACAAGCAAACAAAUUCCUUCAUUUAUCCUAUUUAAGAUUACAAUUAUUCGUACUACUCUCUGUUCCAUUUUUUUUCUCAAUUUCCACGUCCCAGCACUUGACAGUAUCGACGUUUGUUCGAAUGAGCACAAAAAAGGCCUAGUUCGUCUCGAACGAAAAUCCUGAUCGAGAAUAGUGACAGCUCAAGAUUUCGAGCAAAAGUUGAUUUUUUCAUUCUCAUCGAUCGUUCAUCGAGCUUAAAAAUCAUUUUCUUAUCACUGCCCCGAUCAGUACUCGCCACUCAACACCUCCGACUCUUCACGAAAAAAAGAAUAAAAGCGAAGGUAAAAAAAAUGCCAUAAAAGAAGCUGAAUUUUCAUGAAAAUUUAUCAAAUCACCAUUUUCCCACAUUUCUUCUACUCGCCUCGUUUCUUUCGAUCCAUCAAGACCUCAAACUCUACUCAUAUUCGAUUUUAAAAAAACUCAUAAGCAAAGUCACAUUCAUCCGAGAACGAAACCUCUUUCGAGCACUCCACCAACGAGGGGGACCACCGAAGAAAGUAACAAAAGUAUGAUCGAACGACUAAGCUUCGUAUACCCUCCACACCAAUCCACCAUGAAACCAGUUGCCUUCCCCACAUCUUCUUCAGAGAUACAUUAUUUUUCUAACGCAUGCUUCUGACCGCAACACACACACACACACACAUACACACGAUUCUCUGAUCUCUAGAUAAUAAUUAAUGAAUAAUAGAAAAUUAACGAAUAGCCUAAGAUACGAAUAAAUUGUGAUUAACGUGAUUUUUGUCAUUAAUUAUUAUUAGUAUCGUUAUGAAUUUUUUUUCUUAUUAUUAUUCUUAUUAUUAUUGUUGUUGUUAAUUUUAUGUUUGUAAUCGUAUUAUAUUGUUGUUGUUAUAAUAGCGAUGUUGAAAUAUUGAUAUGCAGCAAUGUGUAUUAAUCCUUAAUGAUUGUGAAUUUAUCGAAAAGUCCCAUUUAUAGAUGUGUAAAUCGUUGUUUACAUAUGACAGCGUGGUAGAAAACAAAAAAAAUUCCAUUACCUUCGUUCUGAAAGUACGUUUUCGAAUGCGCAAAUAUAAUAAUUAUUCGAAUAACGUUGUUGAGAAAUAAUGAGAGGGGGAGGAGAGGGAGAAAGAAAAAUGUGAGCUUUCGACGGGCCUAGAGAAAAAUAUUGCACAAUAAAUACUACAGGUACGAAAAAACA